AUGCCGCCUCGCCGUGGGAGGACGAACACGAAACCACUACCGACAAUACAAGGGGAAUUGAACGAGCUCAUUUCCCAAGCAAUUGCUCAAUACGAAGCUAACCGCGCUGAUCAGAGUAGUGGAAUGGGAGGUACUACUGGAGGCAACCCUCCAACUGUUCUUAGACUGCAAACCUCUAAAUUUGAUGGUACGGGAGGUGCUGUUUCCUUCGUUCGCUGGACUGAGAAGACCGACUCAGUUAUUCGGAUGAGCAAGUGCCCUGCUGAACAAAGGGUUACUUAUGUCACCGGACUAUUCAUCGAUGGGGCACUAUCGUGGUGGAACCUCCAGGUACAAACAAAAGGCGAAACCGCUGCGUACGGCCUGACUUGGGAGGAACUAAAAGAAUUGAUGAGGAAAAAGUAUUGCUCAAGGUCAGAAAUCCAGAAGCUAGAAACGGAAUUCUGGAACUUAAAAAUGAUUGGUCCAGAUAUUGCGGGUUACACGCAGCGAUUCCAUGAUUUAUCCCGUGUGGUUCCAUACUUAGUGGAACCCGAAUUCAAGAGGAUCGAGAGGUACAUUUGGGGACUUGCCCCUCAAAUUCUAAGUAUGGUCACCACUUCUAAGCCCACGGAUAUCGGGGAGGCCAUUGACUUGGCGGUAGCACUUACUGAGGAGGCACUACGUCAAGGAAAAUUUGAUGAGCCGGGGGCAAACAAAAAGGAAACCACUGCGCAGACUUCGAGUUCCAACAAAAGGAAGUUUUCCCAUUUUAAGAAAGGUUUGCGGGGAAGGAACAACAAGAAUAACAAUAACAGAGGAGAACCCGCGAAGGAAACUGGGGAUGCAAAAGCUUAUGUUACCACCACCACAAAUAACCUCGACAAGAAAUCUUACGCUGGAACUGCACCGAAGUGCAAUACAUGCCCCUUCCAUCACUACGGGGAUUGUCGUAGCUCCAGGUGUGGCAAAUGUAAUAAGUUUGGGCACCGCACCGAAGCGUGCCGGGGUACGAAUACCAGGGAUCAAGAUUAUAGUUUUAUUUCUAAGGAAUUUAGAGAUAUACUUGGGGUAGAAUCGAGCAAAUUAAAUAUUCCAUAUUCGAUUGAAUUAGCUAAUGGUGAAUUAGUAGAAACAGGGGAAAUCAUAAAGAAAUGUACCUUAGAGCUGGGUGAACGAAAGUUCGACAUAGAUCUCUUACCAGUUCCGUUAGGUAGUUUUGAUGUCGUUAUCGGUAUGGAUUGGUUAUCCGAUAAUCGAGCUGAGGUCAUAUGUCAUGAGAAGGUCAUACGCAUCCCCCUGCCCGAUGGAGAACACUUGCUAGUACACGGGGAGAAACAAGACACGCCGCUACGAAUCAUCAGUUGCAUGAAAGCUUAA